CAGCUAAGCAGGGUGAAACAAAACCACUCGUCUCUUAAACUGUCACAAUAAAGGGAAGUGUGUAAGAAAGCAUUUCUGUCACACUGAUUCAGCCAUGAAUCUGAUCUUGUGGGGGAUUGUGCUCCUUGGGAUUUAUGUCCAGCAAUCAGUUUCACAGAUGGUGGACUGUUUUUCAUCAUUUACCCUGUCCACUGGGAAAUGUAGUGGUCUUUUGGGUCAAGUUAAAAAAGAUGACUGUUGCUUGAACUCCAACUAUGGCUACAAAGAAGCAGAUGGCGUUUGUAGGUCCUGUGGGCGGCCGGCGUGGUCUGAAUGGACUCGCUGGGGCGAGUGCUCGGUGAGUUGUACAGAGGGAGUCAGCCAAAGGCGAAGGUCUUGUUAUGGAAUUGGUGAUUGUGCAGACCCUGAAAAACUAGGAAAAGUUCAAACUAAACCAUGUGUGAAAAAAGAUUGCUGUCCAGUUGAAGGUGGCUGGUCAGAGUGGGGGGAAUGGCAGCUAUGUUCAGUCACAUGUGGCAAUGGAAUGAGAAAGAGACGAAGAACAUGCUCUAAACCCAUUCCACAAUGUGGGGGCUCCUGUAGCGGUGCAGAGGAAGAAACCACCAAUUGCUCCACUGAAAUAAUCUGUCCAACUCAUGGCGGGUGGUCCAGUUGGGGAAAUUGGGGUCCCUGUCCAGUUACUUGUCUUUAUGAAGGACGCAAACCUGAAAAAGAGCUUCGUACAAGGACAUGCACCAACCCUCCUCCAUCUGUGGUUCCACGUGGCAAUGACUGCGAAGGCUCCGACACAGACGGCCGUCCUUGCAGCGGACGACCUUUCUGCCUAGUUGAUGGAAACUGGGGCGCUUGGACAGGUUCCACACCCUGCUCUGUGACGUGUGGAGUGGGCCAGCAGACUCAAAGACGGAUGUGUGAUUCUCCUAAACCCGCAUAUGGUGGAAGACAGUGCCGAGGUGAAGAGCAAAAAACUGGUGUCUGCGUCAUUGCUGUCCCCUGUCCGGUAAAUGGGAUGUGGACCGAAUGGAGUGAGUGGAGUCCAUGUAGACCUCCUUCCACUAGAAAAAUGAAAUGCAAUACCAGGGAGGGAAUCCGAAGGAGAGAGAGGGACUGUGUUGAUAGAAAACACAAUGAAAGCGUCUGUGAAGGAGAGAUUGUUCAACAUGGCAACUGCUAUGACAUUAGCGACUGUGACAUGAAGGGCGUCUUGUCAGAGUGGAGUGAGUGGAGUUAUUGCAAACCUUACUGUGGGCGAUACUCUGAACAAACAAGAGAAAGAGAGUGUGUUGCUGACAUCUCUAAAUACCGUUCCCAAGACCGCAGUAUUUUUGCAGGGGAUCCAUAUGUUAACUGUGAGGGUUUGGAAACACAAAUAGAGAGAAGAAAAUGCACAAAUGUUCCUGAGUGCAAGGAUGAGAAUGAAUGAGCAGUCUCCAGCUGCCUUACACAGUACCAGCAGCUGGAAGGACCUCAACAUGCCAAGCUGUUCUCUUAUGAAAUGUGCUACUAACAGAAAAAUACUUGCUUUAUUAGCCUUUGUGAUAUGGAUUGGAUUGAUUGUUGAUUGAUGCACAUCUUUGUAAACUGCUUUGC